GCAUUUGGCUCCGGAACAUAAGAUGACUAAGUUGUGUCGGGGGUGGGGUAGAUGUGGGUAUGAGCAUAAAGCUAUAGACUCAGAAAUUCCAAGCUAAGAAAGCGUGAUUCUCUCCGGCUGCUUUCGCUUCUCUUCCUCUUCCUCCCCCUCAUCCUCCGUCUCCUUCUUUCCCUUCUCUCCUCUCUCCUUCUACUCCCUCUUCCCUGUCUUCUCUUUUUCCUCUUAUCCUUGGGACGAUAUCUGUCUUGUCCCACAUACUGUUUCCUCUCUAAAAUGGUCCUAUAAAGGACACUCAAUAAAGACAUACAUGCACACACGUGUCUCUGAGCGGCUACUGGGUCUGCAGCCAUAGCAGAAGCCGCAGUCGCAGCAGCAGGUGCUGAGCAAAGGAGAGCUAUAGAGGCACAUCAGGAGCUCCUUUUAGAAAAUUUCCAACCCUUCUUUCAGCAUUCCUUACCCAUCCCUCUUUCUCUUAUUCCUCCUUCCUCCCCUUUUCUCUUUUCUACCUCUCUUCGUCAGUCUAUAUUUCCCUCUCAGCAGAUGUGUUUCCUGGUCUGUGAAGGGAGGCUGCAGCGGACCAGGCUUGAACGUGAGCAGCAGGGAAGGAGCCCCGGGGAUCGAAGGAUUGGAGGGAUGGGAGUAUACCGAACCGGGGUCAGGGCUCAGCCUCCUUAGCCAUUUUUUUCUAGGCUCCCGGGAACACAAUCAUGGGGCUUUUACUAUACCUCGCAGAACCGAACCUGUAUCAACAGUCGUAGAGUCUAGAAGGGAGUAGGGUGGGGGUAUCGCUGCAAUUUCCUUUCAGUGACUCCUUUUCCCUCACGCCCCCACACACCCCCCCUUUUUUUUCUGGCUUGUCUUCUCUGCGUUUCUGAAUUAUUCUCCUUUCUUUGUUUCACUUCUUUCUUUUUAAAGCUAAGGCUUUCCGUGUCUAGCUCCUUACAGUGCAAGAUUCCCAACUUGGUUCCCUUGGCAUAGAGCGGGGUGGAUGGGGAUGGGUGUGUAGGGAUCUGGGUAAGUAAUACCAGAAGAUGUACCUGCUAGAGAAAGUAAUGAAUCUCCGUCUAUGAUAGGAGAUCCUAUCUUUCAAAAGGAGAAGAUAGAGAUGCCAUCGUAUCUGUGGGAGCUGAUUGGAAGAUGAGACCUUCACACUAGCCCUAUGAUUAACUAUCCUAAACUUUUAUUGCUGCCUUUUCGUCUCAGCGCGUCUCUCUUAGUUCUCGACCUUAGGAGAGAGUUCCCAUUUCCUUUUAAUAAAUAAAAUUUAAAAGGAGGGGCUGGGAUAUAGUGAUUCCGAUUUUCUGAAAGAGACAGAGAAAGAGAGAGAAAGAGAGAAGACUCUAAUUGCUUAUCAUUUCCCCUAACGCAUUUUACUUCAGUUUGUGGGCACGAAGAAAGAAUCUGGGUUUUCUUCUCUUUCAUCGUUCUCUUCUUUUCACCCCGCCCCAGGGUAAUUUGGGGAGGGAAGGGAGGCUGAUGGCGAAGUGAGAGCUCCCUGCACAGCUUCAGCGGUUCGUCUCCUCCCACCGCCCCCUCUCCACCCCCAUCCCUCCCAAGAUCAGACCGAGUGUAAUGUCCUUGCUACCAGUUACUCCAAUUCUACUAUGCAACAGCAGAGGGGAGCGCUUUGCAACAAGGAUUUGAUCUAUUUCAAAGGCAUCAUAUUUUCUUGAGGAUCUCUUUCCCUAAACAUAUAACUAAAGCUCCUACUUGGUAACUCUUUCCAUCUUCUCCACUCUUUUCUCCCCUUUGCUCAUUCCUUCUCCUCCCUGUUUCUGUCACUCCUGUGCCCCUCCACCACCCUACAUAUCCUCCUCCCACUCCCUCUCACCCACCCACCCAUUCCUCUUUCUGAAGAUAGCAAAGGUGGCGGGGAUCUUCGUGAACAGAUGAAGGACCCCUUCAUCCCAUCUUCAAUGCCUCUACCUAAGAUCCCAAAGGUCUGGAGCAAAACCGGCUGCUGCUGGGCGUCCUCUUGGAAAAGCUGCUGUCUGCUCUUGGUUUUGUAUGAAACUGGGGACUAAAGGAGUUACAACCGCUGCCGAGUCGUGGGUGAGAGCGACUAAACGUCCUCUCCGUCGCUGCCCGUCAGUCUUGACCAGCUCCCCCCUCUCCACUCCCUUCCCUUAUCCUUCGCGCUUCUUUGCCCCCCUUCCUUUAGUCCGCCUGCCGGAUUCUGAUCUUAAGCCGGCAGCAAACUCAUUAGAAAGCCCCGCGGUGUCAUUCUGAGAGCUGCAGCCGCUAUGAUGCAAAAGAAGACUGUGGUGAUGUUGGUGAUGAUGAUGGUGGUAAUCAUUGCCCGGGUGUGAUGUGAUUGUCAUGGUGGGGAUGAUGAUUUCGAGGCGGUGAGAGCUAGAGCAAGCGAGCGCUAGCAGAAGGAAGGGUUGAUUCGCUUGUAGCUGCUGUGUGGGUUCAGAUUCUCCCCCAACCCCCACCCCGCCCCCCUCCUGACUCCAUCCUCUCCCCCACCGCUGGAAGUCCUCCCGAAUCUAAAUGGAAUUAGUGGAGAUCGGAGUCCCUGGCGUAAGGAACAGACAUGAUCUAUGGACGCAGUUUGUUUCACAUGGUAGCAAGUCUAAUCAUUCUGCAUUCCUCUGGGGCUACCAAAAAAGGAAUAGAAAAGCAAACCACUUCAGAAGCACAGAAAUCAGUGCAGUGUGGAAAUUGGACAAAGCAUGCCAAUGGAGGUAUCUUCACUUCUCCCAAUUAUCCCAGCAAGUAUCCUCCGGACAGAGAGUGCAUCUAUAUCAUAGAAGCUGCCCCCAGACAAUGUAUUGAACUUUACUUUGAUGAAAAGUACUCUAUUGAACCCUCUUGGGAGUGUAAAUUUGAUCAUAUUGAAGUGCGAGAUGGACCUUUUGGCUUUUCUCCAAUCAUUGGACGUUUCUGUGGACAGCAAAAUCCACCUGUAAUAAAAUCCAGUGGCAGGUUUUUAUGGAUUAAAUUUUUUGCUGACGGAGAGUUGGAAUCUAUGGGAUUUUCUGCUAGAUAUAAUUUCACAACUGAUCCUGACUUUAAGGACCUUGGAGUUUUGAAACCAUUACCAGCGUGUGAGUUUGAAAUGGGCGGACCUGAAGGAAUUGUGGAAUCUGUACAAAUUAUGAAGGAAGGAAAAGCUUCUGCCACUGAGGCAGUUGACUGUAAAUGGUACAUCCGAGCCCCACCACGAUCCAAGAUUUAUUUACGAUUCUUGGACUAUGAGAUGCAAAAUUCAAAUGAAUGCAAAAGGAAUUUUGUGGCCGUAUAUGAUGGGAGCAGCUCGGUAGAGGAUUUGAAAGCUAAAUUUUGUAGUACUGUGGCUAAUGAUGUGAUGCUGCGCACAGGUCUUGGGGUAAUUCGCAUGUGGGCAGAUGAGGGAAGUCGAAAUAGCCGAUUCCAGAUGCUCUUCACGUCUUUCCAAGAACCUCCAUGUGAAGGCAAUACAUUUUUCUGCCAUAGUAAUAUGUGCAUUAAUAACACAUUGGUCUGCAAUGGACUCCAGAACUGUGUGUAUCCUUGGGAUGAAAAUCACUGUAAAGAAAAAAGAAAGACUAACUUAUUGGACCAGCUUACCAAUACCAGUGGGACUGUCAUUGGGGUGACUUCAUGUAUAGUGAUCAUCCUUAUUAUUAUUUCUGUCAUCGUACAGAUCAAACAGCCUCGUAAAAAAUUUGUCCAAAGGAAAGCAGAAUUUGACCAGACAGUAUUCCAGGAGGUAUUUGAACCUCCUCAUUAUGAGUUAUGCACUCUUAGAGGGACAGGGGCUACAGCUGACUUUGCAGAUGUGGCUGAUGACUUUGAAAAUUACCAUAAACUGAGGAGGUCAUCUUCCAAAUGCAUUCAUGACCAUCACUGUGGAUCACAACUGUCUAGCACUAAAGGCAGCCGUAGUAACCUCAGCACAAGAGAUGCUCCUCUCUUGGCAGAAAUGCCACCCCAACCUGUCAAGCCCCUCAUCCCACCCAUGAACAGAAGAAAUAUUCUUGUCAUGAAGCAUAACUACUCACAAGAUGCUGCAGAGGCGUGUGAUAUAGAUGAAAUUGAAGAGGUGCCCACUACGAGUCACAGGCUGUCCAGACAUGAUAAAUCUGUCCAGCGGUUCUGCCUCAUUGGGUCUCUAAGCAAACAUGAAUCUGAAUACAACACAACUAGGGUCUAAAAAGAGAACUCAAGAGAAGAACUAUUUAUACAAACAUGGGGACUGUGAAAAGAAAAUUCUAUAGUGAAUUGUGAAAAGUGGACAUGUUUCUAAAUUCAUUCCACUGCCUUUAUCCAAACCUAAGAAUUACAGACAUUUGUUAUUCCUUCGGCAAGACAUCCCGCCUGCACAAUGAUAUGUUUAUUUUGUAAUUUGGUUGCUGGCCACCAAGUGCUCCUUAGUUUUUAAAUACAUUUUUGAGAUUUACUGGAAACUUGAAGAAGAAAUUAGUUCCUGAUUAAGACUUUCCCUGCUUUAUUUUUCUUGUCAGUUUUAUUUCCAUUUCUAUGUUGUUUUUUGUCUUUGUUAUAUACUUGUAUAUGAUGUGAUAUGUGGAAAACAAAAUGAUUUAAAUGAAUUUGUGUUGUAUGUACAUUGUUUUCAUUAUAUAGACUGCUUGAAAAUAGUACAUCCCUGGGUGAUUUUGAACAUGCUACAGUGAAAUGUGAAAAUAUCGACCAUGGAAACACCAGCUAGAGGUUUUAUGGACUUUAACCAGCUAUUCUUAUAUCAUGAUCAAAUGCAGCAAAAAGUAUUGAGUAAAAUUAUUAGAUUGCAAUAAGAAAAAAAAAAAAAAAACAAUAUGGUUUCUUUUGUCAUUCCCUACCUCGACUUUCCACUCCUUCAUUUUCUUUUUUAAUACAAAAGUAGAUUCUCAUUUUCAGGAACAGUUUGUUGAAAUCAGGUAUUUAGCCAUUUUUAUACAAGAUAAUAAUAAAAAAAAAAGUUUGUUGGAUUAGUACCUAACAAAAUGGCUGAAUUGACAUUUUGAGAAAAUGUUCUGCAUGUCUGUAUUGGAUAUUUGGUUUCAUAAAUAAUCCCAUUUAUCUGACACAUUGUAAAAAGCAUGCAUUCACAAUUACUGCUCUUACUGUUCCAUUUCCUUGUGUCAUAUGCUUGCUACUUGUAAUUUUUUAUAAAGAUACAUAAAAAUGUAUAAUAAUUUCCUACCUUGAGUUUAAAAAAAGUUUUUCUUUUACUGAAGUAAUGCACUCUUACACAUAUUAAUACACAAUUUUCAUGAACUCUUUCUACUUUUCUAAUCUAUAAAGCUCCCUUAUUUGAGGCUCAAUAAAUGCCCCAAAUAUUUUGAUUUCUUUAAUUUUAAUUGAUAUUUAUGUGCUUUGAUGGCGCACCCUCCCUCCAAGACUCAUUUUAGAUUGGAGAAUCUUUUUUUAAUGUCUUUAUGAUAAUAGAAUUAUUCAUGGUCCUAAAUGCACCAACCUAUAUGGUCAGUUUUAUAGGUUAUUUAUCCCAAACUCUAACUGAAAUAUAAAUCAUACCUAGAAUAUGCUGGCAAACUGGUCAUUGCCUUUCUCAUCAACAAUCUCCAAGCUGUUCAUUUUUUUUUAUUCACUACAUUAACAUUUCGUGAGAAAUAAUUCCUUCUUAAUCAUUACUAUAAAAUUUCUUCCACUCUUUUUAUGCUAUACUCAUAAGUUUUUUUUAAAAAAGCUUAAUAGUGGAUGCUUAUGUACUUCAGGUCAAAAUGAAAUCCAUUUAGGCUUUUAACAAAUAGUGGCUUAAGUACAAAAGAUAUUGAUACUUAAUUGUGUGAUGGGCAUCUGGGAAAUACUAUAAAUAAUAUUUUCUUUUGUUGAGAAGAAGAAAAUGAAGUAAAUUAAGUUAUUUCCACCCAAAUAUUCAGAGCUACAGAAUCCUGCAUGCCUAGGUAAUCUUUUCUUUUUGUUCAAACCAUACUAAAUGAAAGACACUACAAAGGAAACAUGUAUUAUGGUUAUUUCUCUAUUUUUUUCUUUUUAUUUCAUGCAUAUUACCAAAAAACUAAAAAUUUUGGAAGAGUAAAAUAAGACUUUUUAGGAUAGCUGGGAUAGAUUAAUUCUAAGGAAGGCUCUUGGGGAAAAAAUGUCAUUUUUCAGAAAUUUACAAACAAAUAUAAGAACUUGGUGGGAAAAAAAAAGAUAUUCUGGAAAAGAGACUGUGAUUGCAUUUGUCAUUCAAGAUAUGUAAUGCCACAUAUUUUAUAAGUGGUAUUUGUGGUAAAAUUUAUUUUUUUUAUUUGACUUGACUGGUUUCCUUAUUGUCAGCUUUGGCUUGAUGUCCUUCCUUUUUAAAUGAACAUAGCUUGUAACUAUUUUACAGGAUUGCUAAGCUUCCUUUUAUUUUUACUUUAUUCACUUAAAAAUUUAUAGUGUAUCUGUCCUUAAAGUAAUUUGUUAUUAUAAAACUAAGUGAACACUUUAGAUCAUGUAUGAGAAAUUUUGGGAAGACUAUAAAACCCAAGUCAAGACUUCUGAUGUUGAAAAAGAAAAGAGAGAGUCCUCUAUUUAAUUUUUUGAUUCAAUUUUUAAAGUUAAUUUAAAAAACACUCUUUUGAGUUGAAAAACAGUGAAUUUUCAUAUUCAGAACUGAAUAAAAUUUUCAGUUUAGCUCAAUGAAGUGUUUUAAAAUUAAUUUCACUGUUUUUUACCUCACUACAUGUUUAUUAAAUAAAGUUUUUUUCCUCAAUAAACUAUCUUUGGAUUCAUUA